AACCAACAAUCAUCUAUUCAAAAGUGUAUGAUUUGACAGUUUGACAUUUGGGCAUUUGACAAUUGAGCUGUCAUUGAAACAGUACGAUAAUACGGAAUAAAUAUACAAUAUGACCUCAAAACGUUUAUAAAUUUGUGAAAAAAUGACGGAUAAACCAGGUGAACGGGCCUUAGAAGCCAUCAAGAAGAUGGAUAACGCUAUUGUUGAAUUCAAAAUGCCAAAAUUACCAAGAACAAAGAAAGGGCAAAUGAAAAUAUUGACUGAGGAACAAUACGUUGAGGAACUCGGUAAAAUAAUACAGAAAGAUUUUUUCCCUGAUUUGGAGAAGCUUAAGGCGCAGAAUGAGUACUUGGAUGCGAUGGAGAGAAAUGAUAUGAUAAAACUACGAGAAAUCUAUGCAAAAUACAGCGGUCAUAGGCCAAACGAGCCACUCGGAUCCGAGAGUCCAGCAACAUUUGAAACGCCACAAAGAGAAGGCGCAUGGAAUCAAUCAUCAGCAUUUUCAACACCCGGCUCAACAUUGUUUCAAGAACGAAACUCCGACACACUUUCCAACACAUCAAGGAAAAGCAAAAGAGCACCUUCGGAUGGUCAUACACUGGACUCGUUUCUUGCGGCUCACACGAGCGAGGAUAAUUGUAGUUUUCAGGAAUUGAUUGAGACAGCUGAUAAAAAAUUGCGUCAAAAAUUUUCCGUUUUAUACGAAGCAGAGCAACAAACAGCUUUGGCCAUUGCUCAAAGUCUACAUUUACCGAAUAUUGAAGAUCAGUUCAAGGCUAUUUGUGGCCCGAAGAAAAUCGAUACAUGGAAAUACACGAAUAAAAACAGUAUCAUGUAUAUUCCGGAUGGUGUAGAGCUAACCAAAGCCGAACAAUUGGAACGAGCCAAUAAAAAACAGGAAAUUGAAUAUAGUAAUACUCGACUCACCUCGAAUCCAUUCAAUGAUCGGCAAAAUAAGGAUACGAUAAAUGAAUUGGCUAAGUCCCAGCCGAACAUAUUGAACGGUCGCGUUGGAAUAGAUGGAAAUACAUUGUCUUCGUCGACAGAGAGAAAUGUACGCGGCUUUAGUUUUGUGUCAACACCAUCACCAGCACCCGGUGUGGCUGAGAGCCCAUUGAUGACAUGGGGCGAAUUAGAAGGAACACCAUUCCGAUUGGAUGGUUCCGACACACCAAUCCGACCAUCGGCCGGGCCAUCAUUUCACAUUGCAGAAACGUCGAAGCGUGAAUCAAUUGCUUUAGCGCUCGCAGAAAAAGCUGGUGAACGAAUGCGCAACCAGAAAGCCAAAGCACUUGAAGCAGCUCGUAAAAAUAUAACCUCUCCGCACAUUCGAUCGACAAUAGAUCGCUUGGCCUCAAUUUCACCCGCCGCUAAGCGACUAGCUUCAUCGAGCAUUGGAGUGAAAGACUACACGGUAAUGACACCCAGCCCAGGAUCAACGCCACUUUCACAUAAAUCACACACUCCAUCACCAAUGAUACGGCGAAAAACACCACUCGUUCGCACCACACCAAAACCUGGCCCAUUGUCCAAAACGGCGGUCACUCCAAAUACCGAUGAUUUAUUAAAUAUUCCAAUCAAAUCAAAAAGAAGCUGAGAAAAUGCGAUACGAGAGAGAAAAUCGUGAAUAAAUUCAUAUUGUAUGUGUACGUA